CCGCAUUCAUUAAUGCUUCAAAUCUGUUCUCAAGAUGUAUAGGGGGUGGUAGAAUACCAGUAUUCACAAGCCUUGUCAUAGUCGAAUCUGGGGUAGAGGAUGCUACAGCAGAAAUACAAGAAACUCGUGACAAUCUGAUGUGUCGUGUUCCAUUGGGUCUCGCUCCUUGUCCUUGUUUCGGCUUGAUACAAAUAUAUUGAUAUAAAUUCACGUUCUUCACGUGAUUGCUUGCUCUGGUCUCAAACAGGCCUGAUGCAGCAGUUCAGUGAGAAUCUGUGUGAAGCUGGACUUCUGGAGGGUUCUGCUGAAGGUCUGCGUCUGUCGUCUCGUCUGAAUCUACACAGUCAUCAGGAGCAGCUGGUCAAAGCCGUGCUGAUUGCCGGACUCUACCCUCACCUCAUACAGGUGAAAAGAGGCACAGUGACCAAAAGUGGAAGAUUUUGUCCUGAGAAUCUGUCGUAUCGUACAGAAAGCGGCCCUGUGCUUCUGCACCGCUCCUCUGUUAACCGGUAA